AACAGAUAUUUCAUAUAAAACGUUAGGAAACGUCGUUAUUUUAUUUUGGACGAAGUAUUAGCAAUUAACAAACUAGGUAAGUUUAGUGUUUGUUUAUUUCUUAUUUUCGUGGUUAUAUGGAGAUUUAUAUAUCAAUCAAUGAGAAUAUUCUUUUUAUUUUGUAAGUGAAUGAACUGUAUCUCAAGAGAGUUACAAAUUGAAUUGUUUUGAACAGGAAAUGCACAACGAAAUUCGUGCUGCCGUUGAAUUGGUUAUGUCAUAUUUAUUUAAUAAACUACCAAGGAGGAGAGUGGACAUGUUUGGUGAAGAACUAGCGCGUCACCUGCUGUCUAAAUUUUCCUCUCAAUGGUAUCCUGAUAGACCUUUCAAAGGUUCUGCAUUUCGUUGCUUGAAAGUUAACAACGAUCCCGCUAUAGUAUCAGCAGCUACUGUAUCAGGUCUGGAUUUAACCGAAUUACUCGCCUGUCUUCCAAUUGAUCUCAGCAUCUGGGUGGAUCCUGGCGAAGUAUCUUAUCAAUUCCAAGGUAGUUCCGUUUCAGUCGUCUAUAGUGAGCCUCUACAAUUUAGUCAGCAAAACAAUCCUGCUUUGCUUAAGCCAGUUGAUGCUGCCCCGAAUAUCGGCCAGCCAAUGACCGCGGCAAUGUUCGCUCGUACAAAGUUCGGUUCUACAAAAUUUAAAGCGGAAAGAGCAUCCAGGUUAUCUGCCAAUGAAUUGACAGCCUAUGUUCGACAACAAGCUAUUAGGAAUGCCAGGGGACCCCGAUAUGAAUGGUGGACUUCUCCUCUUCCUUUAACUGCAGCGCCAUCUUAG